CGGCUGUUAUAAACGUAUGCAUAACUUUGUACUGCAGGUAACAUAUGGUGUCCGCAAGCCUACAAAAUCUGCAUCUUGUACAUCUAGUUUCUGCCGAUGUUCUUCACGUGUUAUACUCAACGACAGUAUGUAGUAGUCUGAUAGUAGUAAAUAUGUAGACUGGCAGUGGCUGGCAGUGGGAAAUCCACAUUUGUACAUUUGUGACACUUUUUUGCUACUUGAAUACUACCAUAUGUUGGCAAAGCACCUAUAUUCAAAGGUAAUAAUGCAGGAAACUCUGGUGGGUGGUGGCAUUGGUCCUCGUAGUCAUCGGCGUCGUUGGGCAACGAUGCCCAACGAGCGCCCAACCUUCGUUCCGAGCGCCUCUUCAAGCUUCAGACAUCCUUGAACUAUAACCUUCACGGUUCACGCCCUCCUAGUUACUACUAUUCUAACAAUCUUUCACAUCACACUCGUUUUUUAUCCUAAUAUCUCAAUUUUGCUCUAUAUGCCUCACCCGAACCUCAUUCUCUAUGUCGCCCUAGCAACGUUUGCGCUGUUUGGUUCGCUGUUCUUGGUCUGCCAUUUCGCACCUGUUGUGAACCGAUGGAAGUACCAAAAACAAGUUAAGCAGGAUCUUGAUGUCGAGAAGUCAAAUUUCGAAUACUCGCGGAAACUCUUCCAAGAAGGAAACUUGAACAGCGAGGAAUCUUUACCUUCUGGGUCACUCGCUAAAAUGAUUUCGGGACUCUCCUUCGAGUGUGGUGCGCCUUUUGUACCUUUGAUAAAUGCGGUGACUUCUUCCUCUAUGCCCCUCCCAUCGUCCCUUCUAUAUUCCUUACACCGUAAGGUCGUGCCUCUUCCUGUCAAACAACAUCAUCUUUCCAUUCCGGCGUUCUGCGAAGAUUUCGUUCACCCCUCAAGCCCUCUUCUGAAUUGCAUCUCUUCUACUUGGUCACUCAACGAUACCUGUUCUCAAACUGUCUCCCAGUCGCAUCCAAAUUUCCAUCAAAGCCAAUCCUCAGGGAGUCAAAUCUCUUACAGAAAAUGUCCCUCCCCAUACAUCCAUCGAAACUCACAGCGCUAUUUCACAAAGGUUAACAGGGCUGCCAUAUGUAUACCAACCCCUGCAAGGCAGAUGAAUGUUGACGUUUUUCAGGCUAUUCAUGCGAAGAAGUUUGCUAUGCGAGAAAUAUCUGGACUGGGUUACUAUGGGGGAUAUAAGACAGGCGUUCAGCGAUCGGCGUAUAUGAGGGCUUAUUUCGGAACAAUAUCAUCCAUGGAGCGACCGCACUAGAUUGUCAAACCGUACAAAAUAAAUUUCAGAUCACUACAAGUAUCCUAAUUAUCCCUAUCAUACACAUGAAAGAUUCCCUGAUAAAUUGCAUUGUGCGAGAUCUCACGAAUAUUGUUCCUACCCACCGUCGAAUGUAAUCUGGUUUGCUGAAUCGGGAGGUGAGGCUACAAAUGCGCUGUAAGUGCCUAAUUGACAUGUUGUUAUAUGUGAGGUGUAUAACCCUGUUUCUGAAAUCUGAUGCAGGUUGAGCAUCAGCCUGGACAUUAUCGUAACGGACAUGCUGAGAAAUGACAGAAUUGUUUUCUCAGCAUAUCUGUACCGGCUACAUAAGCUAGGGCCCGGAGAGACAUACCUACUGGCAAACGUGCACAAAGC